UUUUUUUCGUCUUUUCCCUUUUUCCCAGGAGGUGAUCCGCUCCAUCCUGGUCAGCGGCCGGAUCGGGCCGGACAUCCGCCUGCCCGAGUGCUACGGCCUCCGCCUCAAGCACGUCAAAUCCGACGAGAUCCACUGGCUCCAUCCCCACCUGACCGUGGGCGAGGUCCAGGAGAAAUAUGAGUGCCUCCACCUGGAGGCCGAGUGGAGGUACGACCUCCAGAUCCGGUACCUGCCGGAGGAUUUCAUGGAGAGCUUCAAGGAGGACAGGACCACGCUGCUCUACUUCUACCAGCAGCUCCGCAGUGAGUACAUGCAGAGCUACGCCAGCAAGGUCAGCGAGGGCAUGGCGCUGCAGCUCGGCUGCCUCGAGCUCAGGAGGUUCUACAAGGACAUGCCCCAGAACGCGCUGGACAAGAAAUCCAACUUCGAGUUCCUGGAGAAGGAGGUGGGGCUGGACCUCUUCUUCCCCAGCCAGAUGCAGGAGAACCUGAAGCCGCGGCAGCUGCGGAAGAUGAUCCAGCAGACGUUCCAGCAGUACGCGCUGCUGCGGGAGGAGGAGUGCAUCCUGAAAUUCCUGCACACCCUGGCUUCCUUCGCCCCCAUCGACCAGGAGAGCUUCCGCUGCCAGCUCGUCCAAGGAUGGAACAUCACCGUGGACCUGGUCAUCGGCCCCAAGGGCAUCCGCCAGGUGACCAGCAAGGACGCCAAGCCCACCUGCCUGGCGGAAUUCCAGGACAUCAAAUCCAUCCGGUGCUCCACGGUGGAGGAUGGCCAGGCUCUGCUGCAGCUGGGGCUCGGCGGGACCCCCCAGUCGCUGGCCAUCAAGACGGCGUCGCUGGCCGAGGCGGAGAACAUGGCCGACCUCAUCGACGGCUACUGCCGGCUGCAGGGCGGCUCCGAGGCCUCGCUCAUCGUGUUCCCCAGGAAAGAUCGCGAGAAGAGGAUCAGCCUCCCACAGAUCCCGGCCCCGAAUCUCGGCGAGAGGCAUUCCACGCUUUCCCACAGCGUCAGCGGCGAUUCCGAAAUUUACGCGGAGAUCCUGGACGAGUCCUCAAGGCCAAGAUCUGGAAUCCAGCACUUCGGAAUCUCCCGCGACGACGUCGCGCUGGGCCGGAUCCUCGGCGAAGGAUUCUUCGGAGAGGUCUACGAGGGGAUCUACACCACGCCAAAAGGGGAGCGGAUCAACGUGGCCAUCAAGACCUGCAAGAAGGAUUGCAGCCCGGAAAACCGGGAGAAAUUCCUCAGCGAAGCUGUGCUGAUGAAGAAGCUGGACCACCCCCACAUCGUGAAGCUCAUCGGCAUCGCCGAGGAGGAGCCCACCUGGAUCAUCAUGGAGCUCUAUCCCUACGGAGAGCUGGGUCAGUACCUGGAGCAGAACCGGCUGGUGCUGGCCGUGCCCACCCUGGUGCUCUACGCGCUGCAGGUCAGCAAGGCCCUGGCCUACCUGGAGGCCAUCAACUGCGUCCACAGGGACAUCGCCGUCAGGAACAUCCUGGUGGCCUCUCCGGAAUGCGUCAAGCUCGGAGACUUUGGCCUCUCCCGCUACAUCGAGGACGAGGAAUAUUACAAAGCUUCCGUCACCCGCCUGCCCAUCAAGUGGAUGUCGCCGGAAUCCAUCAACUUCCGGCGCUUCACCACGGCCAGCGACGUCUGGAUGUUCGCCGUGUGCAUGUGGGAGAUCCUGAGCUACGGGAAGCAGCCGUUCUUCUGGCUGGAAAACAAGGAUGUGAUCGGAGUCCUGGAAAAGGGGGAUCGGCUCCCCAAGCCCGACGUGUGCCCGCCCGUGCUCUACACCCUCAUGACGCGCUGCUGGGACUACGAUCCCGGGGAAAGGCCCAAAUUCCAGGAGCUGGUCUGCAGCCUGAGCGACAUUUACCUGAUGGAGAAGGAGCUGGCCAAGGAGCAGGAGAGGAACACCAGGCACCGCCCUCCCAAAAUCCUGGAGCCUCCGGCAUUCCAGGAGCCGCCUCCCAAGCCCAGCAGGCCCAUGUACAAGCCGCCAUCCCAGAAUAACCUGCUGGCUCCCAAGCUGCAGUUCCAGGUUCCGGAGGGGCUCUGUGCCAGCUCUCCCACGCUCGCCAGUCCCGCCGAGUACCAGAGCCCGGCAAAUUCCCGGCGCACUCCGCCCCCCAGCCGGCACAACGUCUUCAAGCGGCACAGCAUGAGGGAGGAGGAUUUCCAGCGCCCGGGCAGCCGGGAGGAGGCGCAGCAGCUGCUGGAGCUGGAGCGGCUCCGCGUGGAGCAGGCCAUGGAGCGCCAGCAGAAGGAGAUGCUGGAGGAUCACCGCUGGCUCCGCCACGAGGUCCAGAGCCUGGAUCCCAAGGUGUUCCUGAACAACAACAUUCCCCCGCUUCUCCCGGAGAAGGAGACGGAUUACACGCAAUUCACGGGGCCCCCCCCAGAAGCCUCCGAGACUCGGGGCUCAGUCCAUCCAGCCGGCGCCCACGGCCAACCUGGACCGCACGGACGAUCCGGUCUACGGGAAUGUCAUGGAUCUGGUCCGGGCCGUGCUGCAGCUGAAGAACGAGAUCAGCCAGGUGCCUCCCGAGGGAUACAUCCUGGUGGUCAAGAACAUCGGCCUUUCCCUACGGAAGCUCAUCGGCAGCGUCGACGACGUCCUUCCCAACCUUCCGUCCUCUUCCCGCACCGAGAUCGAGGGCACCCAGAAGCUCCUCAACAAGGACUUGGCCAACCUCAUCAGCAAGAUGCGCCUGGCGCAGCAGAAUUCCGGCACCUCCCUGAGCUCGGAAUUCCAGCGGCAGAUGCUGACGGCUUCCCACGCCCUGGCCGUGGACGCCAAGAACCUCCUGGACGCCGUGGACCAGGCCAAGCUCCAGGCCGAGCUGGUCAAGCCGUGCCCGGAAUGACGGGGGAAGGCUGGAAAAUUCCGGAUCCACCCGGCAGGAAAAGUCGUCUUCUUGUGGUGUCUCCCGCGGUUUUUCCCGCUGCCCCCUCUUCCCGCUCCUCCUGCAGCCGCCUCGUGUCUGUCCAGUGUCGCGUCGCUCUUCGGAAGACGGGAGGCAUCCGGUGGGGGUUUUCCUUGGAAAAAAACACAAAAAAAGGGGGGGUUUUGGGGUUUUCCUCGGAAAAAAAAAAGGGGGGUUUGGUGGGGAUCCGGCGGGAUCCAUCUCGGCGCAUCCAUGGAUCCAUCCUCUGAGCGCGGAUGGCCGCGGGCGGCACGGCGGGACGGGGACCCUGGAGCGUGCCGGGAGCCGAGGGCAGCACGGAUUUUUUGCUGGGGGGGGAAGAGCCGGAAUUCCCGGAAUUCCCGGAAUUUCUCCCUCGGACGUUGUACAGAAGAGUUUAUUUAACGACGGCCAGCGGGAGCCGCUUCCGGAGCCUUCGGAAUUCAGGGAGGGAUGGGGGCCCCCCCCCAUGGGGGGGACACAAACCUGGAGAACGGUGCCUCUUCCAGCUGCGUUAUUCCCGAAUUUUGUGCGAGCGCUGCCGGCAAAACCGCGCGGCUCCGGCGGGGUUUGCGCUUCCGGUUUUCCCCUCGGCGUUUUUCCCGCAGUUUUCCCUUUUUUUUUUUGGAUUUUUUUUUUUUUCCCGGCUGAGAUAAACUGUGCGCCAAAUCCUGCCGCGGCCUGUCCUUCCUG